AUGGCCGUCUUCCCGGCUCGGUAUGGCCGAUGGGUGCCUAUUUUAGCCCCAAUGAGUCUGAUGAUUCUCAUCCUCCACCUGAAUUCCACCUUUAGGUCACAGGUCUCCCCGGUCAUCAUCGAUCCGGCCGCCUACCCUAUCGAAUCCAACGAAACCGAUUCUUCAUCGGCCGAUACAACACCGCAACCAUGCCCCUCACUUCCAGGCAUUGAGGAUGUCCUAGUUGUGUUGAAGACCGGCAUUACCGAAGCACAGGAGAAAGUGCCCGUCCAUCUCCGCACCACGCUGCGCUGCAUACCGCAUAAAUUGAUCGUCUCGGAUUUCGAGGAAGAUAUCGAUGGCAUCCAAACACACGAUGUCUUGCGCAAUACCAGUGAAUUACUGCUAGCUAAUAAUGACUUCGCCAUAUACAAUCGUGCCCGCGCAGGUGGCCGCGCUGCCCUGCUCCAACAGGAUCAUAAUAAAGUCGCCAAUGGAGCCUCUGGCAUGACCCAGAACCCGGGCUGGAAGCUAGAUAAAUGGAAGUUCCUGCCCAUGGUCCAAGAAGCACGGGCCUAUCGUCCCGAUGCUCAGUGGUACUUCUUCAUUGAGGCCGAUACCUAUCCAUUCUGGCCGAACCUGCUGGCCUGGCUCGAGCACUUCGACCCGCAGGAGAAGUUAUACCUUGGAAACCAGAUGCAGAUCGGUGCGACUAUUUUUGCGCACGGCGGGUCCGGCUUUGUACUGUCUCAUGCGGCGAUGCAUUCGGUGGCAGAUUCCUACACCCGACAACUUGAGCAUUGGCACCAUAUUACGGAUCAGCAGUGGGCAGGCGAUUGUGUGCUAGGCAUGGCACUCGCAGAGAACGGAAUCGACCUGACAUGGUCCUGGCCCCAUGUUACCAAGGAAUCCGUGUGGGAACAAGAUGCUCUUGGCGAGGCCUUCAACAAAGAGCAGUGGUGCUACCCUCCUACUACGUUCCACCAUAUGACACCCCCGGAUAUUGAGCUACUAUGGAAAUUUGACCUAGCGUGGCACUCAAAGGAGAACCAUACCACUCUCACAUACAGCGAUAUAUUUCGCAAAAUCAUACGCCCCACACUCACGCACCAUAUUGUCGAGAACUGGAACAAUUUCGCCCCGGAGGAAAUCGAGCACGAAGGCGAAAAUACCAUUAGCAAACCCCAAAACAUCUAUCAAUGCGCUGAGCGGUGCGCCAUGAUGCCAGGCUGUAUACAGUAUCGAGUUGAUGCCAAGGGCAAAUGCUAUAGCUCAGCAUGGGCUGUCCGCGGACAUGCCGACAACGGCGUUCAGUCCGGCACGAUGAUGUGGCGUGUGGAUGCUGCUAUGGAGAAAAAGGGCAAAUGCCAUUGGCCGGAGUGGGUAAAGCACUGA